AUGAUACAAACCACCGGCGUUGAUGAAGAGGGCUUUACUCUUGCAUUACAGCUCUCGCACGAGCUUGCUCAAAAGAUGAGAACGCAGAUUGAGGCUGGCCGCAAAUUCCGCGCAGCACGCGAAGCGGUCGGGAGGCGGACGAAGGACCUAAUUGCAGCAGACUUCCGCUUACAUGCAGAACAGGUGCAGACCAAGGAAGAGCUGGAUGAAUAUCUUGAUCUUUUAGGUGAAAAAGAGCUCACACCGGAGGAAGAAUCCAAGGCCACUGCGAUGCAAACGCAGUGCAACGACAUGGGACACAAGCGCGCAGCCAUGAAAAAGGAACUAGAGCAAUUACCACGAAUUCUCCAGGAAAUACAGAACACCUGGAUGAAACCCGUGGAAGAGGUGAAUGCCAUCCAAGAAGAUGUUUUCGUGAAAGCCAAGCUCGUUCCUGCGACCACAGAGCUGGAGCGUCUUCCUUGGGAGAAGAGUCAGGACGGCGGGACGGAUGUUGUCGCCCCAGAUUACAUGCCGCGGGUACAGGAGUCAGGGCUGGCCACUGUGAAGCAAUCUGUUGAGGCUACACGUCCAGGUCUUGGCAUGCGCAAUAGAUUCACCAAAGCCGCGUUGGAAGUAGCCCGGGAGAAGCACGAUAAAUACCGGCUUGGAUACGAGAAAGAGCUUCAAGAGUAUGUCGCCAAGCAGGUCAACCGUCCAAAUGUUGACUUUCGCAUCGAGUUCAGUCGGAAGUGGCUUGAGGGCUGGCACAACGUCAUUGUAACACUUGAGGAGGCCGAGAACGCUGCACAGGAUGCGUUUGACAGAGCAAGAGCUGCAAAUGUUACCGUGGCAGACAGUAGGGACGAUGGAGUGCCAACCAUUGCAUACGACAUAGAGUGGUGGGACAAGACGUCGCUGAAGCAGCUCGAUCGCACUCGUAUCCAAAGGUGGCAGAACGAAGUUGUUGUUGGUGUCUUGGGACCAACACACCCUGCUGGAAGCGACGAGGCAGAGCUCGAACAGCUGGGUAGGGAUAAACAUGUUGAUACGCAGACGGCAGAGCCUGCGAACGAUAAUGCGGGUGGCGCUCCUGUGAACCCCUCAGAAAGGCAGCCAGUCGCUGGGUCUGAAGGUGUGGCGGUAUUACCAGCUCUCGUUGUCUCAGAGGUCACAGCUACACCUUUGCAAAAGAUGGAACAACUGCUCGCUGAAGUAGCAGGGGCUCUAGAUCGCGCCAGUGAGCUGACCAGUCUGCAAGCACAUAAGCCAGGCCUAGCAAGCGCGGCUACUGGGGCAGAAGCUGAUCAAGUCAACAAGCAAACUUCAGCGGUACAUGCAAGCUCUCUUCCCCGUGAAGCUUUUGCGGACGUUGGUGCUGAAAGUUUUAUGGCAGAGGUGAUAGACAGACCACGACAGGUGGUUUCGCAAGGUAACCCUGGUACGCAGAACACUGCCCAGAAUCCCGAAGAGCCACAGACGAGCAAGGGAAGGACAGAACAGGCUGUCAUUUCGGAGCCAAAGAAGAGGCAAGAUGGCGUGGAGAUAGAAUCGCAGUGUGAAACAGACCUGAAGGGAUACAUGAAGAAGUAUAACAUCCCGCCCCCUCCCGUCUCCCGAAAGAGGGAUAGAGACAAUUCGCUCGACCAGCGCGACGCCAUCAUAACCGCUAGCGAGCGCGCGUAUGGAAGCAGGCGGAGACGCAUCGACAAGUGGGGUAAAUACAUCCGCGGUGGUGAUUGUUAA